CAGCAGUUCCGCUUGAGAAAGGUGCCGUUGUGGCCCUGCCCACCGCACGGCUGCAGCUCGCUUACAGCAGGGAAGGGAGCAGCACUUCCUACUUCAAGCACUGUGAGAGGGCCUGAGAGGAAUGGAGUAGAGGAAAACCGAGAGGAGAGCUUUCGUUGCAGCCACUGUAGCCCCUUCUCAGCUCGUGGACGUGGUCCGGGGAAUGAGCGUCGGGGGAGAGAGCAGCUCGGACUGGAAGCUCGACACGGUGCAGUGGGCCAGAAUGGCAGCGGCAUGAGGGAUUUUACAGGGGGCCUCGAAACUUCUGAAAGUUGGACACCGCGCGAAGAAGCGUCGACAUGAAGAAGCAGUUCAACCGUAUGAAACAGCUCGCCAACCAGACGGUUGGAAGAGCGGAGAAAACAGAAGUUCUCAGCGAUGACCUUCUACAGAUUGAGCGCCGCAUGGAGACGGUGCGGAUGGUCUCACAUAAUGCACACAAGAAACUGGUCUCCUGUCUGCAGGGUCACGUGGGCACAGAUGUGGAAAAGAGACAUAAAAAGCUGCCUCUGACAGGGCUUUCUCAGGCUAUGCUGGAUGGAGGGAGCCAGUUAGGAGACGAGUCUAUGAUUGCGAAGAUGAUGGAGGUGUGUGGGGAAGCUGAAAAUAAGCUUGCCUAUGAGCAGAGCCAACACGAGGUCCAGCUUGAGAGAGACAUUCUGGACCCACUCAAUCAGCUAGCAGAGGUUGACAUUCCUAAUAUCUUGAAGCAGAGAAAGCAGCUAGCUAAGCUUGUACUGGAUUAUGAUUCUGCAAGAGCAAGGUAUCUUCAGGCCACCAAGGCGAUUCUCACAGCCACAAACAAUCAGGCGAUGGCUGCCAAAGCUGACUCGCUCAAGGAGGAGAUGGAUGAAGCCCAUAACAAAGUAGAGAUAUGUAAGGAUCAGCUGGCUGCUGACAUGUACAGUUUCUCCUCCAAGGAGGGAGAAUAUGCUCGUUAUUAUGUCAUGUUGUUAGAGGCCCAGGCUGACUACCACAGAAGAUCUCUGGUCUCCAUUGAAAGCCUUCUGCCCACCAUCAGAUCACAGCAAGACACGUGGACUGAGAAGCCAGCAUUUGGCACAGCACUGGAGGAGCAUUUGAAGCGCAGUAGCAGAGAGAUUGCUCUCCCUAUAGAGGCAUGUGUGAUGAUGCUGUUGGAGACUGGCAUGAAAGAGGAGGGAUUGUUCCGUAUCGCUGCAGGAGCCUCUAAACUGAAAAAGCUUAAGGCAGCACUGGACUGUUCCACUUCGCAGUUGGAGGAGUUCUACUCAGAUCCCCAUGCUGUAGCUGGAGCCCUGAAGUCUUACCUGAGGGAACUGCCUGAGCCUCUGAUGAGCUUCCAGAUGUAUGACGAGUGGAUUCAAGCAUCAAACAUUUCUGACCCAGAUAAAAGGCUGCAGGCUCUGUGGGUGGCAUGUGACAAUUUGCCAAAGGCCAACAAGGCUAAUUUGAGGUAUCUAGUAAAGUUUCUUGCCAAGCUAGCUCAGGAGAGUGAAGUCAAUAAAAUGACCCCGAGCAACAUUGCCAUUGUACUGGGACCCAACCUGCUGUGGGCCAAGACUGAGGGAUCCCUUGCUGAAAUGGCAGCUGCUACCUCUGUCCAUGUAGUGGCCAUAAUUGAACCCAUCAUCCAGCAUGCAGACUGGUUCUUCCCAGAUGAAGUGGACUUCAAUGUGUCCGGCAUGUUUGCCAUGCCUACCGCCCCCACGCACCAGCUCAGCUACCCAGGCACCCCCGAGCCUGAGCCAGCCACGAUCGACAGAAGGCGCCCGGGCAGCAUGGGGGCGCUUGAGGGAGAAAGCCCCCGUAAAGACAGCCCCGCUAGCAAACAGCUGGAACACGCACCUCGUAGAGCCAUCACUCUAAAUAGAAAGCAGCACUCCUCCCCUUCCUUCCAGCCCCCUCUACCUCCAGUGGAGGCGGGGGAGGCACCCCCUCAGUCACCCGUAGGGGGCCCAGAGGCUGGCCUGGCAGGAGCUAUAAUGGCUCAGAACCAGCAGCCUUUAGGCCAGCAGCAUUCUGCUGAGGACAGCAGUAGUGUCUUUCGGGAGCCGGCCUCCACACCACCGUCCCUCAGGAAUGGGCCUGGAGGCCCCACUGGAAUGCCUGGUCAGCUGACUGUGGGAACCCCAAUGUCUCUUUCCAAGGGCCCGAGUCCACACAUGAUGCGCAGAGGUACAAAGAAGCAGGCCCCGGCACCACCCAAAAUAGCCCCCAGCCCUUCCACCCCAGUCCCGGGCCUGGUGUCCAGCACAACUCAGCCUGCACCCACGCCCCGUCGCCACUCCAAUAACCAGCUACCCAUCCAGGCCCCGAGUCACCCUCCUCCACAACCCCCUGCACAGAGCGCAGCCGAACCAGAGCAAUCACCACCCAGCAGCCCCACUCCGCCAGACACGCCUCCACACGACGGCUCCCAGGCUGCUCCACUCUCCUCCUUUCACUCUGGCUCUCUCACUCGCCCCCGGCCCACCCCCAGACUUCGGCCCAGGCCCAGCGUUCCCCCGCCCCCACAGCCUGACGGCUCUAAUGGAGUUUGCAGCUCCGCAUCCAAGAUUAUCACAGAUGGGGGCGUGUCUUUGAAGGGGCCAGGGCGGGUCCUUGUCCCUGAGAUAGCUGUGGAACAGCCUGAGGCCACACCCCCUGAAGCUGAGCACCAUUCAGAGAGCACCAUGCUGUGAAGGGAAGAUCCUCACCCUGCAACCUACCACUCCACUCAAUCCUGUUUAGAAGCACAUGACAGUCAGUCCUAGUGUUAUUGGGCCUGGACCUGAACCAAAUCUCCUGAGCACUGAUGGAGCUUCUUUGAGGCUGUUACUGUUUCCAUUUUCAUCAUUUCGUGUUGUAAUCCUGUCCCAGGAAGCAAGCAGAAGACAUGCUGUAAACUGUACCGAUACCAUAUUCUGGCCAUAAACUCCCAUUUCUCUCUCAUGCUGGAUUUCCUGUGGCUCGAGCUUUAACUUUUGAAAUUUUUUUGUUUUGUUUUUGGCGCUAUACCCAUGUGUGUAUUAUUACUUGUGCCUUUGAAAGUGUUUUUACUGCAGGGCUGUAAGGGAAGGGAGAAACCAAAGCAACCAAGUAUGGCCUUUUCACAUGGACCCUCUGAGUAUGUCAGUGUAGCACGUUGUAGGUAGGCUAUGCUGUCUUUCUGUCUUAUUCCACUCAGCUAAAUCGUUUGCACUGUGCUAGAGCGCCACAUUUCAUUUUCAGUGUCUGAAAGAUUAUACUGGAGUGACUUUUUUUUUUCCUUUAAAAAAAAAGACCAAAGACUUAUCAUAGGAAAUAGACCGGCUGAUCAUAUUGAAACACUUGAUUUCAGAUGGCACACACAUGGAAAUGCAGUAUAUGACAAAAUAUCAUAUUUUAGAAUAUUUUUAUGCCUGUGGUGCAAUAUUAUUAGCAUUUUAGUAUGUUUUUCAUUUAUGAUCUAGACAAUCACUUGCUUUUUUUUUAUCUAGUUACAUUUUACUGUAAAGUCAAUCAUUUUUCAAUUUUUUUCACUGGCUUUAAUUUGAUGGACCAAAGCAUACAGUAAUGAAACAAAGUCAAUCAAGAAUAAAAUUACCACAUUUCUGCUUUAAUGUCUCUCAUAUAGGUGUGAUUCUACAUUUUGUUUCAACAGCAAUGCACCCACCCCUGUGUUUGGUCACUAAUAAAUUACCUCAGUUUGAAACCGAAAUGUUCUAGCAGAACUGCUGUGUUCAUCUCUUAAUAAACUCGAUGGGAUAUUUAGGAGGAAAAGCUGCACAACUUUCCUGUACUGCCAAAAAGGGCACAAUGCUGAAUUCCCGAAAAGAACUGUUGAUAGAACCUUUUGUUUCUUUUUUUAGCACAUUUUAUGAUGGCUCCCCCCCCCCCCAUAGUUUUUCCUUUUAGCUGAGUUACUUUAGCUCUCAGCCUGAAAAUCAUGGUUCAACAAAAAUGUGGAUGAAAACUUUAAUGGAUCAGUUAAACUCAGGAAAUAGUCAAUUGGAACACCAACAGCUGUUCAUCCAAUUCAUUACUGACUUGCAAAAUCCUUGUUUCUGUGACAGGCUCCUCUAAAGGACUUUUACAGGCUUGUAAAUGUUGAUUUUUGUUUUUCUUAAUCCUUUAUUUUUAUGUACUUUUCUACUUUGUGUGCACCUUUUCUGCAGCUGAACUCGUCUGUUCUGCACACUUCUCGAGUGAACAAAGAUCGCUGCUGUUAUUCUUACACAGCAAGUUUAUUGAUCAUAUGAAUGCCUGGCAAUAAGAAAAUAAACCUGAAAUCAAAACAUA